AUACUUUGUGGAAGCAAUGUAUAUAAGGCGAAGUGUUGAGUAAUCUCCUUUGCUAUUCAAGUGUUUUUAAUGUUCUUACAUACACAUGCAUAUAAAAAUAAUUUAUGCGAAUCGGUUGAUAUGAGGAGCGUGUUCUCUCUAUUAAAGAAAGAAACAAAGCGGAAAAGACAUUAAAGUAAAAAAUCAAUAUUUUCACAUAGAAGACUAACGUGGGGACUUGCGGUAAACUUAACCUACAAUAAAAUGCAUGUCUUUAUUUCUAAGGCUUCUGUCAAAUAAGAAAUAAGGAAAAACCAUGCCGAUAAAUUUAUCUCUAAUACCAAAGACUAAUUAGUAACGUGAACGGCACCAAAGCACAUCACACACCAUAACACAAAUAUGAAUAUUAAGAAUUUAUUAUUGUUCGGGCUUUCUCUGCUGCAUUGUUUAGCAGUAGAGGGCUUAAGUUUUACUGUUACAUCCAAAAUUUAUAUGGAUGUUAAACACCAAAAGAAAUCAUUAGGUCGCAUUGUAUUCGGUUUAUUUGGUAAGAAUUCCCCAAAAACUGUGACAAAUUUUCGGCAUAUAUGCUUGCGGGGCAUAAAUGGUUCCACAUAUGUGGGCUCCAAUUUUCAUCGUGUCAUAAAUCGUUUCCUUAUACAAGGCGGUGAUAUUAUUAACGGCGACGGUACCGGUUCUACGAGCAUAUAUGGAGAUUAUUUUGAAGAUGAAGACAUAGAAAUUGAACAUAAUCGUCCCGGUUAUUUGGGGAUGGCUAAUCGGGGACCAGACACAAAUGGCUGUCAAUUCUAUGUGACAACAGUAGCUGCACAGUGGUUGAAUGGCAAACAUACAGUUUUUGGCAAAGUUUUAGAAGGCAUAGACACGAUAUAUGCCAUAGAAGAUGUGAAAACUGAUACAGACGAUGUUCCCUUGCACCCGGUCAUCAUAACUAAUUGCGGGGAAAUACCUACAGAACCAUUCACAUUUUAUCCUGAUGAUUUCAACGUUUGGGGUUGGAUUAAAGCAGCCGGAAUACCAGUCUGCAGUUCGUUUUUAAUUUUAAUAACAUUUCAUUAUUUCUUUCGCCAAUUGGAUAUGUAUUGUUAGUUGCGGUAAAAGAACCAAUCAAAAAGUUU